AACUGUACCGUUGAACAAAAGAAAGCACCGCCCCAUUCAUAUCCAACGUGCACAUGCAGUGUGUGUACAUCAUGUUGGGAGAAGAAUCAUCGUCCAUCAUAACACAUGUGUGGUAAUGCUAUGCCAGGAGAAUAUUAUGCUACUCGAUUAACGCACGCUAGGAUAGUUUCUUUACGCUUUCUUUACUACUCAUCUUUUUACUGUAGCAACGGAUACUAAUUUAAAGUCAUGGGUUUCGAUCUGGACCGUUUUACGAAGGCGGUGGACGAGGAUUUCAAAUGUAGUAUUUGCCUGGCCGUUCUGGAGAAUCCACUUGCUACCCCGUGCGGCCACGUCUUCUGCGGAAAUUGCGUCCUGCCCUGGGUUGUUCAACACGGUAGCUGCCCGCUCAAGUGCGAUAAGUUCUCCACCAAGGAGUUGAACAACGUUCUACCACUGAGGAACCUCAUCCUGAAGUUGGAGAUACGCUGUGACAAUCAUAUCCGAGGCUGCCAAGAAGUUGUCCAAAUCCAAAUGCUCUCCCCACACUUGGAAGAUUGUGACUUCGCACCGGUAACUUGUACCAAUAAAGGUUGCGAAGUUGUUGUAAACAUCAAGGACCAGGUUCAGCACGAGACGAAACAGUGCGAGUACCGGGCGGUUGGAAGCUGUGAGCAGGGUUGCAGCCUGGUCCUACAGCACAACGCCGUGGCGGACCAUAGCUGCUUGAAAGCUCUUCAGGCACACACCUCAAACCUGCAGACGAAAAUAUCAAACCAGGAUCACAGUCUUAAGAAAACCACCAUGAGGUUUGGGAAGCGUGAGAAAUCUCUUCUUGCGCAGAUUGCAUGUUUGCAAAAUGAGAAUCACAUGCAAGCGCUACGUUUUCAGAAAAAGCUGAACGAGUGCAAAGCAGAAUUGGAAUAUAUGUCGGCCCUCGCCGUUUAUGAUAGGCCAUGCGAGGAACUGUCACUCACCUUACAACUCUGUCGUGAAAAUAACAGCCUUGGAUUGAAUAUCAUUGGUGGCAAUCGGGUUGAGGGAUUGUCUGAGGGCAUUAUAGUAUCAAGGAUCAUCGAGGACGGACCAGCAGACAAGUCUCAGCUGAGGUUACACGACCGCGUCAUUAAGAUUCUCCGGAGUUUGGAAUGCCCUUCCAAAUAA